CGGCGGUGCAGCUACAGUACGCUUCAUCAGAGCGUCACAGACAAGCCUUGGCGGCUCGAGGGUACGGCAUCUAGCGUGCCGCCGCGUGUGGGGCGCUGCCACAUGCUGUCAUCUGCUCUGCGCGGUCCCGCCCGGCUGGCACUUCUCCGCAAUCUGUUCCUUGCGGAGAGCGGCUCCGGCGGGCGGCUCAGCCGUCAGCGUAUGUAGAUGCUGCGGCGCUUGAGUGCUUAACUCCAUUGCCCUGGGCGUGGGAGCGUGCCCUGCCACCUGGCACGAUUCGGAGGAAGAUGCCGUGCUGUACGGUCGCUCAACCUGCGUCUCGACCACCACCAAGCGUCUUCGAGAACACCUGGCCGAGCAACAUGGGCCUGCACAACCUGCUGACGCAGCACUUCUCUCCCACUCCUGCUUCUCGUCUUCCCGUCUCGUGUCCGUCUGUGCACGACGACGGACUCUCUCCGCGUUCCGCCUCGAUCUCCCUGCUCCGCUCGUCCUUCCGGCGCAUCAAUGGCGCGUUUCCUGCCGAUUCCGUCGCGAAACCUGCCCGGCGCUCGCGGCCGUUGUCCUGGUCCGCCGGUACUCCCUUGCGGCCGCCGCCUCACGCUCGCUCUCUCUCGACCGCCACCUGCGCCGCGUGGCCGCCACCGAACCCCGACACCUGCCACUUGGAACGAUCAGAAACCGGCGCGCGUCAUGCACCCACGCGCCCGCUGGACGAGGACGAGGCCAUGGCCUGGUCCCUGCAGCAGUCGGCGAUGGACAGCCUCGACGAGGCCAGCGCGGACCACCGCUCCAUCAUGGACACGUCGGGCGACUCGGACUCGCAAGAGGCCGAGGGCAGUGCGGCCCGCGAGGCGGUCCAGGAGGACAUGGAGGGGAAGCUGGCCGCCUUUCAAGCAGAGUUCGGACCCAGCGGGCUGGACGGCCGCGGCGAGGAGAAGCUCAUCGCCAUCGUGCCGGCCGUGCUCACCCGCCGUGUGCUCAUCAAGGGCUCGCUGUGCCUCUCCAACCACCGUCUUGCGUUCGUCGCCUGGCUGCCGUCGCCCGGAGCCGACGGCCACCCAUCGGCAGCGGGAGCGGCGCCCAUCAAGCGUGGACCAGCAACGUUCCACCGUCAUGGCCUGCACCGCAAGAAACGCGUGUGGCUCGAGCUGCGUCCGGACGCCAUUACGGGCUUCCGCUCGUCCACGGCGCUCUACAAGCCGCUCGGCUCCAUGCGUCUCGGCGACAUCGACGAGCUGCUGCCGCACGACUGGGCCAAGGGCACGCACGUCGACGUGCGCUCCAAGGGCCGGCUGUGCACGUUCGAGUUUGAGACGGAGGAGGCCAGUCUCACUUGGCACCGCGAGAUUGAGGCGGCGAUCUGGGCGUUCCAGAAGACAGCCGACAAGAUCAAGAUCUGCAUCCCCCUGCCGCGCAUCCUCACGCUCACCCACUCGGCCUACCUGCACUUUGCGACGACGAUCUGGCUCUCGGUGCUCGACGAGGGCGGCGAGCCGCGUGCCUCGCAGCAGGGCUCAUCGGCACCGACGAUCGAGCUUGCCUUUGGUGUGACGUCGCGCCACCUCGGCUUCCUCGAGUCGCUCGAGCCGCACAUCGCGCAGGGCAAGAAGUGGCGCGAGGAGAAGGGCCUCGAGCACACGCUCAAGACGGUGCCGCGCCCGCUCCUGGACAUCGAGGGUCCGCGCUCCAAGGAGCAGGAGCUGAACCACGCCGCUGCCGAGUCCGACGGCGGAGGUCUGGCGUCCAAGUUCGUGCAGAGCUUCUCGCUGUCGUGCUCUGCAAACGAGCUUCGCCUCGUGAAGGCCGACAUCGUCCGCACGGUGCCGUGGCCUGGCACGCUCGCCAUCUCGCCCAGCGAGCUCAUCUUCUGGCGCCGCCGUCUGGGCAACAUCGCGGACAUUCGCGUCAAGAUCCCUCUCGCCGACAUCGUCAACGCCGAGGAGGGACACAGCUUCUUCUGGCGCUCGCACGGCCUGCGCCUCGAGGUGCGCGGCCAUCCCGACCUGCACUUUGACAUCGGCAGUGCAGAGUCUCGCGAUGCCGCCAAGGAGGCGAUCAUGUCGGCAGUCAAGGAGCAUGCGGCCAAGGCCGAUGCGCAGCCCAAGAAGCCGUCGACCGAGACGCCGCCGCUUAAGCGCUACCUCGAGGAGGCUACACGCGACAUGAAGCUCGAAUUCACGACGGAGCAGCUGAGCCUGCUGCCCAAGGUCAUUGGAGGUGAUGCGUCGGAUGAGAAGCAGCGCAAGCUCGGCCGCAUGCGCAUCGCGCUCAUGACGAUCGGCUCGCGUGGAGACGUGCAGCCGCAGCUGGCGUUGGCCCUGAGGCUGAAAGCCGAUGGCCACGACGUCUACCUCUGCUCGCACCCCGAGUACAAGGACUGGGUCGCCGAGUACGGCCUGGAGCUGCGCCCUAUCGGAGGCGAUCCAGGCGCCUUGAUGAAGCUCUCGGUCGAGAAUAAGCUGUUCUCGCCGGCCUUCUUCAGAGACCAAGUGCCGAAGUUCCGGCUCUGGCUGGACGAGCUGCUGCGCGAGAUCUUCGAGGCGGCUCACGACGCCGACUUGAUCAUCGAGGCCCCUCAGACGAUGGGUGGCAUCCACGUUGCCGAGGCGACCGGAGCCUACUACAUGCGUGCCUUCACCAUGCCGUGGACGAAGUGCACUGCGUACCCUCAGGCCUUCUCGGUGCCGCCCUUUGACAUGGGCCCACAGUACAACGCAAUGUCCUACGCCCUCUUCGACCGCGUGUUCUGGCAGGCCUCGAGCGGCCAGAUCAACCGCUGGCGCAAGCACAUGCUGAAGCUGGGCCCGACCACGCUCGACCUGCUGGACCAGCAGAGCGUGCCCUUCCUCUACAACUUCAGCCCGAGCGUCGUCCCCCCGCCGCUCGACUGGGGAGACAGGAUCCAGAUCACGGGCUACUGGACGAUCGAGUCGGACUCGUCCAAGGCGUACGAGCCGCCUGAGGAGCUCACGAAGUUCCUGAAGCAGGCGCGCCAGGAGGAGAAGAAGCUCGUGUACAUCGGCUUCGGCAGCAUUCCGCUCUCGCACCCGCGCGACACCAUGGAGGUCAUCUACGAGUCGGUCAAGAAGGCCGAUGUGCGCGCCAUUGUCGCAAAGGGCUGGUCCGGCCGCAUGGAGGACGGCAGCAGCGCUCCGGCUGCCGAGCUCGAGGUGCCCGAGCAGGUCUACCUCGUCGACUCGAUCCCGCACGACUGGCUCUUCCCGCAGAUCGACAUUGCCUUCCACCACGGUGGUGCGGGCACGGUGGGCGCCAGUCUGGGCGCCGGUCUUGUCACGCUGGUGCACCCGUUCUUCGGCGACCAGUUCUUCUGGGCACGCCGCGUGGCCCGUUUGAAUGCCGGCCUGACGGUGUCGGACCUCACGAGCCAGCAAGCGGUCACCGAGGCCCUCGUUACGGCGCGCGACGACCGCAUCAUGGUCGAGAAGGCCGCGGCGGUCGGCGAGAGCAUCCGCAAGGAGAAGGGCACGGAGGAGGCGGUCAAGUUCAUCUACGCCAACUUGUCGAUCAGCAAGCGCACGCGCGUGCCGCUCCAGAAGCGCAGCAAGACGCUGCCGCGCAUCUCUGCGCUGCCGCUCAUCGGCGACGUGGGCAAGUCGUCGUCCGACGACGGCUCCAAGUCGAGCCCAGUCUCGCCCCAGGUCGAAGAGCCCGGAGCGCGCAGCCCGGACCCGGAAGCGGCGCCUCCGUCGCCUGACUCGGCCAGCAAGCGUCGCUCCUUUGCCUCGCGCGGCCUCGACAGCCUGCGCCGUGUGGCGAGCCCGCUGGGGGUCUCGUCGCCCUCUGGCCGCUCAACGCCGCAGGCGCCCGAGGAUGGAGCCUCGCAUGCCGAGCCCAGGAGCUCGACUGAUGGCCACGCGGCCAAGAAGUCGGACGAGCACGACUCGAAGCAGCACGCGGCGCCGAAGCGCUCCAGCACGCUGGGCCUGCACCUGCCCAGCCUGCCCAUCCUGCACAAGCGCGCCGCGACGGUGAGCGACACCUCGGACCUGGGCAUGGGCCCGCUGGACACGACGCGCUCGCUCGACGACGCGCUGGCGCCGAAGCGCAGCAACACGACGGAGCAGCGCCGCACGCACAAGACGGCCAAGCUCGAGGACCAGCGGCGGCGCGCGCUGCUCGAGGAGAAGCUGCGCGGCCGCUGCAAGCCCGAGUCGGACGACGACGACGAGCACGGGCGCGACGGUACGGGCUGGGGCCACGAGCACCGCGUGCGCCACCGCAAGGUGCGCGAGGAGGAGUGCGCCGAGCACGCUGCUGCUGCUCACUGAGGGCUCCUCGUCUUGUCCUCGCCGGGCUCUUUCGCGAGUCGCGCCAUCACUCAUCACCUCUCCACAUGCGAAACACACCCUCUAUCACGCUAUCCGAUCAGCCCCCAUACUCCUGUAAUCUGUCGACCGCAUCGUCUCGAGCAAUCCUACACAUACCCGAGCCGGG